AUGCUCUCCCUCAUCCUCCUUCUUGCGCCCCUUGUGGCUGCCCACGGUCACGUUGACAAGGUCCUUGCCGACGGCAAGGAAUACCAGGGCUGGAACGCUGCCCUCCAGUACCAGAACCCCAUCCCCGCCACUGUUGGAUGGCAAGCCGACAACCUGGACAACGGCUUCGUCUCGCCCGAGGCUUUCGGCACCUCUGCCAUUGUCUGCCACAAGAAGGGCAAGAGCAACGGCGCCUACGUGACUGUCAAGCCCGGCAGCAAGGUCACCUUCAAGUGGGACACAUGGCCCGCCAGCCACGUCGGCCCCAUUCAGGAGUACAUUGCGGCCUGCAACGGCGACUGUGGAUCCGUUGACCCCUCCAGCCUGCAGUGGGUCAAGGUCGCCUCCAAGUCCUGGAAGUCUGGCAGCAACCCCGGCAAGUGGGCUACCGACGACUUGAUUGCCAACAACUUCGCCUGGGACAUGACCUUCCCCAAUGUCGCCGCGGGCAACUACGUCGUCCGCCACGAAAUCAUUGCUCUGCACGCAGCUGGCCAGACCAACGGCGCCCAGGCCUACCCUCAGUGCAUCAACUUCAAGGUCGAGGGCUCUGGAACUGGCAAGAUCUCCGGCGGCACACCGGCUACCAGCUUCUACACUGCCAACGACCCCGGCAUCAAGUUCAACGUCUUCACUUCCUUCUCCAGCUACCCCGUUCCCGGCCCCUCUGUCAAGUCUCUGGCCAAGAGGCACGCCAGGGACCUCGAGUACUAG